AUGUCACGUCUAAUGCGUGGUAUGAAACCAUCUAUAACCUCUUCAUCGCGUACUUUGGGUAUCCUUCCAAAUCAAGCAUAUCCGGUUGCUCUAUCGCACAAGACCUCCAUAUCGCAGAGAGGAUACACCACUCCUGCCGGUCCUCCAUCUGCUUCCUCGUCCUCAUCCUCAUCCUCUUCAUCAUCCUCGUCUAAUCCACCAUCACCCAAAUCAACCCUCAUUCAGAAAUAUACACCAUCACUUUCAACUUUAUCUCAACGUACAGGAGUCCCAUUACCUUCAUUAGGGAUAUCGUUUUUGAUUUUACAUGAAUUGACAGCGCUCAUACCUAUCUUCAUCUUUUAUUGGAUAUUCGCAAGUUUAGGUGCUGGUGCAGGAUUGGUUAAUUAUAUAUUGGAUGUAGGGGAGAAUACCGAUACUACCUCCUCUUCUCCUGGAGGAGAUGUUGGAGGGAGUGGGGGACAAGGUUCAGAAGAGCGUACAGGUACGGGUACAAGUACAAUUACAGGGAUAGGAAUAGGGAAUGGGUGGAAAAGGUGGAUGAAAGAAUGGUAUGAGGAAGGUGAGAAAAGAGUAGAGAAAGUAGGUAAGAAAUAUGGUAUUUUAGGAUAUACGAAAUCCACGUCAACUUCCACGUCUCAAGAUCAAGAUCUAGAUCAAGAGCAAGAACAAGAACAAGAACAGAAUGUUAUUCUACAAGGAGAUAAACAGGAUGUGGUACUAUAUAAUAGCAAUGGAGCAGCUACCAAAGUAGCUGAUGCCAUAGCUGCCUAUGUUGUCGUCAAGGCACUCCUCCCCCUCAGAAUAGCAUUUUCCAUAGGUGCAGCUCCUGCUUUCGCUAGAUAUACUUUAGUACCUAUACAAAAUAUCAUCAAACGGUUCAGGAGAUAA